AUGCGCGCUUACUUGCGACCCGUCUUUGUCAGUGACGGCGAGACAGCAGAGGAAGAAGCAGAAGCAGAAGCAGAAGAGCAAAAGACGGCGAGAGAGCGUAACGUCCGAGGACAAACGAGCGUGAAGAUGAAGAAGAGAAAGACGAAGACGAAGAGAGGAGAUGAUGAAGAGGAUGAAGAGAUGAAGACGAAGAGAAAGCAGAAGCAGAAGAAGAGAAAGACAGUUAGAGAAGAGGAAGAAGAAGACGAAGAAGAAGAAAAGACGGCAAGACAAGGCUCAUCCCAGUCACCAGGACUCUCUCUCUCCCUCUGUGUCUGUCUGUCUGUCUGUCUUUCUCUCUGUCUUUUCGCUGCUGGACGGAGAAUACGAAGAGACGCAGCGCAACCCCUGAACGGGCCCGUCUGA